UUCUGUUUUGCUUCUAGCCCUUCCAAACCUUAGAAUGGUAUGGCAUGAAGAUAUGGUUUUAUGGUUGCUUCACCCUGUUCCUUGCUCAACCCACAGUUGUAUUAUCCAUGCCACUGCAAAGUUGGUGAAAACAAACUCACCUAGAUGGCAGAAUGAGAGCAUUCUGGAGCUUUAGCUGUCUAACACACAAAGUGCCUUAGAAGCUAAACUAAUGCUGUCAUUUUUUUCAUAAAAACAUCUUUUAACCCUAAACUUCAAGCUACAUUCCCCUUGAAUAUUCCAAGGACCUUGAAAAACGCAAACAUGUAGCUACCUUGGAAAGUUGUCUCCAUCUUUGCAGAACACCUCCUCAAACCACAUAAUAUGAAGUGUUGUGAUUCAGGGGCUACUGCAUGAAUAUAUUUUAUACAGCGAAUAGAGAGCAGCUAGCAUUCUUUUGCAUUACAGCAGGUAUGAGCACUUGGUCUCUGAGGGAGUCAGAAUUAUAAUGGGGCAAUCAUAAUGAGCAAUUCAUUGAUAAAAUCCCACUAAGCUUCAGUUAGCCCUGGAGGACGUGGCUGAUGAAAGCCUGGAAAACCACAGUGCCCACUUGGAUGCCGAACGGCAUAUAGAGAUGUUCAAAGUUGCCAUUCGUCCCCGUCCUACAUCCGGAUAGGAUUGUAUCCCCGCCUCAAGUCCACUUUAGUGUGUAUUCGCGCUGUGCGCAGCUGUUCCAGCCCGCCUCCUUCCCCCUCGCUCUACUCGCCUUCCAUUCCCUUCUCUCCCCUUGACUUUCUCUGCCUGCCGCUGUCCGUGGUUCUGAAACAGAGCGCGGAAGAGAGAACGGGGGAAGCAACAGCAGGGAGGAGCUUCGAAGGGCAUAUGGCAGCCGCCGCUUAGAAACCGAGAGAUUAGGGAAAAGGAGGAGGAGGAGCCACAGCUAAGUAACCUUCAGGCUCUCAGGGAGCAGAUCAGAACAUAAACUUAACAGGCAUUCUGGAGACCUGUCGACUGAAGCCCGGGAAGGGUCUCUGAGUCUAGAGCUACUUCCCAGAGGUACCGGCUAGGAUUGGGAAGCCAAGCCUGCAGCCCCAAUUCCCCAGCUUCAGAGCAUCUACCCGCUGCUACCCCUCCCAUUUCCCGGCGUAAGGAAGCAGUCAGCAUGCUGAGCGUCUGACUUUCACCUCCUAGGACCCCUGUCCAGUGCUGACCCUUACCACCUGUUUCCUAGAAGAAACAGCCCACCCUAGGAGUCGCCAUGGGGAAGAUGCUCCCAGCCCAGGAGGCAGCAAAAAUCUACCACACCAACUAUGUGAGGAAUGCCCGAGCCAUGGGGGUCCUGUGGGCCCUGUUCACCCUCUGCUUUGCUGUGAUCAUGGUGGUGACUUUCAUCCAGCCCUACUGGAUCGGGGACAGCAUUGAUACACCACAGGCCGGCUACUUUGGCCUUUUCUCCUACUGCAUUGGCAAUGCCCUUACAGGGGAACUCAUCUGCAAGGGCAGCCCAAUGGACUUCGGCACCAUCCCCUCAAGUGCCUUCAAAACGGCCAUGUUCUUUGUGGGCAUCUCAACCUUCCUCAUCAUUGGCUGCAUCUUCUGCUUCAGCCUCUUCUUCUUCUGCAACGCAGCCACUGUCUUCAAGGUGUGCGCUUGGAUGCAGCUGGCAGCAUGUGCAGGCUUGGCAAUAGGCUGCCUGCUCUACCCCGAUGGCUGGGACUCACCCGAGGUGAAACGUAUGUGUGGUGAGAAGACGGACAAAUACACACUGGGUGUGUGCACAGUGCGCUGGGCAUACAUCCUUUGCAUCAUUGGGAUCUUGGACGCCUUCAUUCUCUCCUUCUUGGCAUUUGUGCUUGGCAACCGGCAAGACAAUCUCCUUCCAUCAGACUUCCAAGUGGAUAAUAAAGGUGAUCCUAUUGUGUGUAUGGACCCUCUCAGGGCAGACACCACCCUCCAACAGACUAGUACCUUGUAGGAUAGCAUUAGGCAUGCAUUCAGAAGUGCCAGGGCUAUGGGAUAUGAUGAGGGAAUGGUGGUUCUGAGCUGUGCUUAACUGCAUAGCUUACCCAGAUGAGUGCUCAUGCAGUGGGUAAUUUGAGUUUAUUUCAGUUAUUACCUUUAUAUCCAGCCUUUCUUCCAAGGUGAAACUCCGACUGGCAAAUAGUAUCCAACUUGCCUCCCAUCCAGGUACUGACCACACCUGCUUUACUGGAGCAUAGUUGCUUCAUCAAGUGGUGGUGGGGAGCUCAGACCUUGUGCCAUGGUACAGGGAGAAAGCAAGUAUUUAAUAGAGAGGGCUUACUAGAGGGGUGCACAUGGCAAGGCUUCUGCAUAACUAUAUCCCUGAAAAACAGCCUGCAAUGCAAAUGCUUCUGCAUGAAUGCAAAAAACCCAAGCACAUGUCUACAACUCCAAGCAAGCUUCUAGCACGUGUAGCUAUGACUCUCCCCCUAAAGAUAUAUGUUUGCUAGAUACUAAACAGCACUGCAAUAGCUCUAUGGACGGAUGAUCCAUCUUUUCCUCAUUGCCCAUCAUCUUUCAAAGCCCUGCUCAUCCAUGGAAUUCAGGUCUAGUUAGUUAUGAUGAAGCUGAUACACUUCCAGUGCAGUCCUUAUUGGUACAUUGGGUACUAAAUUGAGCCAGUUCUCAUUAACUGCAAGCGCCUGGCAAAUAUAGAAAGGGAGCGACAUCCUUUUUGCAUAUACUGUAUAAUCAUGGCUAGUGAUGGCUUUCAAUUUAGUACUAGCGGUUCAGGCUGCACAUCACGCAUCUUCUCCCCUCCCCGAGUGUGGGCUUGUGUGCAUCUUUGGGGCCAUGAAACAGGGGCACUUUAACAGUAGUCAUGAGGCUGGAUACUUUUCAGGGUCACCAUUUGAAUGUUGUUGUUUUUGUCUUGCAGAAGAAGGAAAUGAAUGAAGACAAACAACCUCAAGUGUACCUUGAUUGAAGUGGGCGACAUACACAUUCCAACUAUGAAGCUGGAGUCCAGAAGGCUGCUUGAUACGCGCUCCCAGGCUUUUAUUGCCUGCAAACAUUCAGUUGCGCAAUGACACAAAACCAGACACCACAAAAAAAGGGGGACGGGGACGAGGACUCCUUUUGGAAAACUAACCCUUCUUUCUCCAGAAAGAUCACCUACUAGAUUCUCAAAACCUUUGCCAAGAACUAUACCCAAAUAUUCUUGAACUGAAGAUCUGCUAUGCAAGAAUCAACAUAUUCAUGACAUUCUCUUAUAACCGAGGGAUCCAAUCAAUCAAGAGACAACGCAGGCAUAUAAUUAGUAACAAGCAGCCUAUGCAAAGUAAUCUGUUCUCUCCUUUGUUUACAUGAAGCCAGAGUGGAAAGCCACAAAAGUAAUUGAGGCCCAAUGGCAGGCAUGCCCAGGAGGAUAGUAGACUUCCUUCUUUGAAGAAUGACUUUCUAUCCUGCACUAUAGAGUGAUCGUGAAACUUCCUUCUAGUCAUGAGUUUGCUGUGCAUCAAGGAGAGCUGGUGACCAUGGAGAAUAUCUCUUGUUAGGUGUGCAGUUGCUUGCAGUUUUCUGAAUUUGGUCUUUUAUUCUGUUCUUAUGUUCAGUGUAGCCUGCUGAGGUUUUCCGUAAAGCAUAGAUGAAAGAAAUCUGCAGCAAAAAUUAGCAGUUCCAACAAGAUGCAGUAAUACUGGCACCCAAGGAAAAUAGGUAUAUAAGCAAGUCCCAGACAUCAGCCACAAAGCUAACCCUCCCCUCCCUUGCCCUUACCAAAUAUCCCACUAAGAUACCAAAAGAACUACAGAACAAGCAAAACAUGCUAGUAGUUGGUAAUGCAUCUCUGCAGUAGGCUCUGUCCACUGCACAGAGCGUAUCUGUUCCAAAUAUGGAAAAGUGGGCAGCAGUAUUAGAAAUAAGCUCAAAUGAUAAGAUUAUGCUAAACAGAUCUACUCUGAAACCCAAGCGUAUUAACUGGAUUUCUCUUCAUGGUUAAUUAUCUGGGACAAUUCAAGCAUCUCUUCCUGCAACGAGACCAGUUUUGCAUUAAGAUGAUACAGAGUUAAAAUAAGCUGCUAGUAUUGUAAUGUAAAUCUUAACUUAAGACAAUGAUAAUCAAAUGUCUGAUCAAUUAUGCAUUGUGGUUUAUGCUUUCAAGAAUUAAUUUCAUCAUCUUUACUCCAGCAGUCUAAAAGCAGACCACCAUUUCCUGAACUCAUCAGCCACCAAUAUUCUUCGUUUCCUUUUCCUGCCCUGCAGCCAUGCAACUACAUCACUAUAUCCCCAUAACACAGCAGUGCUUGGAUUUAAUUUAAGCUUCUCACUGUCUCACAGCCUGUUCAGAUAAGAGGCUCUACUGUACAAAACCUGUGGAUGAAUAUAGACAGCAUAUCAAAAGUACCUGUGGAUUAUUAAUAACCUGUUUAUUGUGCUGCUGCAUAUACAAAGAAAAAAAGACAAUGCACCCAAUAGAAAGAAUAAAAAUGUAUUUUUUUCCUUCAGGUUUUAGAACGACAAAACAAGUACAAAUCUGUUAGUGAGCACUUAUGGC